AUGAGGCGGGGCGCCAAGGAAGCAACUGGCGACAAAAGCCGCCCGCAGCGCCUGGUCAGGGAGAUCGCCCAGGACUUCAAGAGUGACUUGCGCUUUCAGGGGCAGGCGAUUCUUGCACUCCAGGAGGCGGCCGAGGCCUACCUUGUGACGAUCUUCGAGGACAGCAAUCUCUGUGCCAUCCACGCCAAGCGAGUGACCAUCUUGCCCAAGGACAUUCAGCUGGCAAGAAGGCUCAGGGGGGAAACACGGUUUGCAUACUCGCGCUCCAUCAUGGCCCCGAAGCGCCCGGCUAAAGUGGCAGCUUCCGUCGAAUCAAAGCCUCCGCAACGGAAGAAGGUCGCCGGGGAGAAGGCUGACCAGACCGGCAGGCCGCCCCCUGAGAAGCUGGGGCCGGAAGCAUACCCCGAGCCCCCCGAGGCCCUCUUUGACGCCCGCAUCGACCUGGCUGCUACAAUUGCAGCCAAUGCUGCGGCACUUUAUGGCGAUAGCGCGAUCAAGAGGCACCUCCAAGAAUGGCGCGGGUUUGCGGAGAGGCAGCAAACCCAAGACGGGCGUGUGGCGGUCCGGGUUGUUGCCGCCUUCGUGGAAGGAGAGGGGGCGUUUGGAGCAGAAGUGGCGGCCUUAGGCGGCGGAGAUUCGGGUGGGGCGGGGACAAGCGAGGCAGGUGAUAUGAGGGCGCCCGCGGAAAAGAUGCACUUGCGGUGCAAGAGCAUCGGGGACCUCAUGGCAGGAGGACCAGUGGGUCGAGAACUAGUGCCAUUGGGGGAAGGCGAUAGGCUUAGGGGGGGUUUCCGACCUUAG